AUGCUUACAUCUGUCAAGUCACCGGAUACACACAGCGGAAAUUCUUCGCAUGCUAGGAAGACAGGCAAAGACAAUCAAACUACUCCCACUCAAACUUCUCCUGUACAACUCGACAAGUUCUUCAGUAGCCUCCUCUCACCAAGUAACAAUCAUGUCGGCAUAGGGGUGAGCGUUACUAAGACGAGCAAGGGCAGCAUCGCAGUGAGCAGCAUACAGCGAGGGGGACCAGCCGAGCUGAGCGGCAAGAUCAACCACGGUGACGUCAUCCUGGAGAUAGACAAGAAGCCUGCGGGAAAGACGCUAGAGGAGGUAGGCCGGCAGCUGGCCGGAGAGGCCGGGAAGGCAGUCAGGCUGAAGGUGAGGAGGGAAGGAGUGUUCGGAUCAGAGGUGCUGGAGGUAGAGAUCAAGCGAGGCGCAGUGAGCAAGACGGGGGCAGGCCCAGCCCAGGACGGCAAGCGCACGCCUCAACGGUCGCCUGCCAACAGCAGCAGCACUCGAGGAGCAGAGAUAGCGUCGCCUCGGCAGGACCUGCUUGGCAACAUGAUCACGAGCAUCUCAGACCAGGCGGCGAUGCUACUGGGAGGGAGAGAAGGGAUAGGCAUUGAGGUGACCAAGACGAGCAAGGGCAGCAUCGCAGUGAGCAGCAUACAGCGAGGGGGACCAGCCGAGCUGAGCGGCAAGAUCAACCACGGUGACGUCAUCCUGGAGAUAGACAAGAAGCCUGCGGGAAAGACGCUAGAGGAGGUAGGCCGGCAGCUGGCCGGAGAGGCCGGGAAGGCAGUCAGGCUGAAGGUGAGGAGGGAAGGAGUGUUCGGAUCAGAGGUGCUGGAGGUAGAGAUCAAGCGAGGCGCAGUGAGCAAGACGGGGGCAGGCCCAGCCGUGAAGCUCGAGAAUGGACGAGGAAGCAAGGAGGAGACCUCUCGGCAUGCUGACGUCUUGCCUUCGUCUCUUGUUGCUCCAUCCCCCAAGUCGUCAAGGAGUGUGCCAAGAGAGAAGAAUCUGGCAGACAUUGUCCUGGAUCAUACGCUCGGACAGAUUCUUGACAGAAUGGAGUGUGAUAAGAUCGAGAAAGUCUAUGUGGAGCAUGCAAAUUGA